AUGACGAUACCGAAAAAAGAUGGAGGGUUGGGGAUCAAAGAUCUAAGGGCACAAAAUUUGGCCUUUUUGGGCAAGAAAUGUUGGCGUCUAAUGAAAUACCCUAAUUCUACACUGUCAAGAAUGUUUAAAGAUAAAUAUUUCAGAUAUACAGAUUUCUUAUAUGCAGAAAUAGGAGGCAUACCGUCGUGGGGCUGGAGAAGUGUUCUUGAAGGCCGCAAGGUGAUUGAGAAAGGCUCGUUAUGGAAAAUAGGCUCUGGUGCUAAUGUCCGCAUAUUCCAUGAUCCCUGGCUCCCACCACCAUUGCCCUUUAAUGUCCCUCAAGCUGCAGUGACAAUCCCACCGACUCUGCAAGUGUAUUAUGUUAGUGCGCUACUAAAUCCUGAUAGAAGCUAG